AUGUCUUCUCAACAGCAGCAUCAUAAGUACAAGAGACCAGAUGUCUCUGUCAGAGACAAAAAACUAGAGGUGUUGAACGCUCAAUUGAAGAAGGUCGACACCGAGAUUUCCUCUUUGAGAAAGCAGAUCGAUCAGAAUCAAGUCAAUGAUGCCACGCAACAAGAAAGGAAAAAGUUGCAAGAUCAGACGAAGGAGAUUAUCAAGACACAGGCUGAAUUGAAGACUCGCAGAAAUGCUAUUCACGAUAGUAUCAAGCAAUUGGAUUCUCAAAUGAAGAGAAAGACCAAUGAGAUCAAUGAAAAACUGGGUAGAAAGGCAAAAUUUUCUACUCCACAGGAGGUAAAACAGAGACUAGCUGAGAUUGAGGACUCUAUUUCAUCUGGCAAUCUGUCUUUGGUGGAUGAGAAAAUGCUCGUUAAGGAGAUGCAAUCCUUGAAUAAGCUUAACAAGGAUCUCGUGGCUAUUGAACCCAUUAAGAAAUCCGUGGAUCAAGACAAGGCCAAGAUUGUUGCUUUGAAGGAAGAAUUGAAUCAAUUGAACCCAAGAGAAGUUGCUGCUAAAUUCGAAACUACCCAAGAGAAGUUGAAUACGCUGGUCUCCAAGUCGCAAACCGUUUACGAUAAGAGACAGACUUUGUAUAACAAGCGUUCUGCUUUAUACAACAAACGUGAUGAAAUCUACUCUCAAAUAAAACAAAUUAGAGCUGAUUUCGAUAACGAGUUCCAAGCUUUCAAGCAAAAAUUGGAGAAAGAACGUUUGAAGCGUGAAGAGGAUCAAAAGUUGUCCAAAUUGCUUGAGGAGAAAGAUGGCCAAUUAGGUAAAUUGCAAGAAAAAUUGAGUCAUGCCAAGCAACCAGCAUUCACGUUUGAAAUUGAAGCAAUUGAGAAUGCAUUGUUGUCCUUAGAUCCAACCUAUGAAAAACCAAAGAAAAACGUUUUUGGUGAACUUGAAGAAACCAAGAAACCUGAAUCCCAACCUGUUAAAGCUGUUGUGGCUGAUGACUUGGUCCUUGUCUCAAACGAAAAGGAGCAAUCAAACUACUCCAAUACCGCUCCAUCAAAGUCUAAGAAACAUAAGAAGAAGCAAAAGUCCGCUGCUUCCGCCACUUCUAUUACUGACAAUGGAAGGUUCAGCUUAGAGCCAACUUUGAUUGCCAUGCUUGCUGAACUAGAUGUUAUUGUUCCAAUCUCUAAAGAAGAAGUUCCAAAAGCAAUCGAACAAUUAAAGCACAAGCACGAAAAUUUUUUGGCUAAGCAAGAUGAACAAACCGAUAAGAACAUUUCUGAAGUAGAGAAAGAAAUUGAAAAAUUGGAACUUGGUUAUUCUAAAAAGGAGGAGCAAAUCAAGAAAGAACUGGAAGCCAAGAGAGUCCAGGAAAAACAGGAUGACAAAGAAAAUAAUUAA